AUGGAACCGGGGGUUACGAUUACACUACGAAUACGUAUGUUUGUGGAUAAGUGGGAGAGCGCUCGUAGCAUAGCAGGCUAUAUUCAUUCUCUAUGUAACACUUCACCAUCUUUGACCAAUGAACAACAUCAUUCUCUUUCUUACACCGCAUACGUAACAUCUUCCGUUACUCUCUCUUUUCACUAUUUUUUUUCUCUUCCCCGAUUUCCUCCUCGAUCUUGCUCUCCAGCCGGCGGCGACGUCGACCAGCUAGUUUCUUCCGAUCCGGCGAGGCAGCGGCGGCGACCUCCAGGUCUUCUCAGUUCGGAUCUGAAGGAACUCUUACCUUUUGCAGACGCUCCAAACUUCUGCUCUCAUCUUCAAUUCGCCCUGGCCUGUGUAGGGGAUGGGAUGAUCGAGGAGAAUACAUAUACUACUGGGAUUUAUAUAUGGAAUGGGUGGUGUAGGAAAAACAGUUCUUGCUUUGCGCAACAGCCAAUACGUGAAAAAAUUCAAAAGGGUGCAAAUUUAUACCAGACCCUUCUAAACAACUGGAAGAAAAACAAGGUGGAGCUUGUAGAGUCUAUGGUGCAAGCACUUGAAGCAGCCCAGACUUGUGCAAGCACUUGAAGCAGCCCAGACUUGUGCAAUUUGCAGGGGCUCAAAAUUGUCUUAGACUACUUGAGUUGAAAUAUAAUUCUCUUCAAUAUUUUCUUUUCAGGCUCUAAGCCUUCAUUUCAAUAUAAGACUUUCUUAUGAACUUUUCUAUAAUGUUGUAUAGACUGAAUUAUAUUAUAAGUUUUUAACGUUAUACAUUCGGAGGUGUUUUGUUUAAGGGUUUUGAGUUUAAUUUAUUGGGGGUUUAACGUUUUAGAUCUUGCUUGUUAGAUUAUUACCAUUUACAACCGAUGAAGAUGCUUUCAAGGUGUUGAGAGAAAGAGGACAAGGUUUUCGCAUUCUUGUCUCUAAAACUCCAAAAGACACCCAUGCAUCAUAUUCCUUGCAGGAACUAUUCGAGGAAAGAUAGAUCUAUCAACGGUCAACUUUAAAAUUUUCAUAUCAGUAUAUAUUAAGAUUUUUUUUUUCUUUUUUGUUAUUUGCAGGUGAUGGUAUUUUUGCAUCAAUUAGUAAAGUGGAGAAAAAUGGCAUUAAGGAAGCAGUGUCAGUUGAGAAGAGAACUUGAGGAGAUGAAGGCAUCUACCAGAAAGUGAUAGAUGAAUUAAGGGCUUAUUGGCAGUAGAAAUAUAAUUUAAGAUGCAUAUAUGUAUUUUCUUGUUUAAUUUAUAAUAACAAAAUAUGGAAUAGAGACGUAAGUUUGAUGAGUUUGGUCAUAGGCAGGUUUAUGUUGAUGAACAUAUAUUAUGCUUGUUGAAUUCUACCAAUUAUUGCUUCUCUUUUAGUGUACAUCCGAGAAAAUUACAGCAAAAACUGAAUUACCUUCA